GCCAUAGUGACAGAAGCGUCCGCCGGAAGUGAGGAGGAAGGGAGCGCGAUGGCGGACGACGCGAUGAAAACGGAUGUGCAGCUGCCUGUGGCCACAGACCUCAAGAAACCUCGUCCAAAGAAAGCUCCUGAGCUUCCGAUUCUGGAGAGGAGAAACUGGCUUAUACAUCUGCAUUAUAUCCGCAAAGAUUAUGAGACCUGCAAGGCCGUUAUUAAAGAACAGCUGCAUGAAACCCAAGGCAUGUGUGAAUAUGCUGUGUAUGUGCAAGCUCUGAUCAUGCGGUUAGAGGGGAAGAUCCAGCAGUCUCUGGAGUUGUUCCAGAGUUGUGCCAUCCUCAACCCCAAAAGCUCAGACAACCUCAAGCAAGUGGCACGAUCCCUUUUCCUGCUAGGGAAGCACAAAGCCGCUAUCGAGGUUUAUAAUGAAGCAGCACGUCUCAAUCAGAAAGACUGGGAAAUCAGCCAUAAUCUGGGCGUUUGCUACAUCUACACCAAAGACUUCAAGAGUGCCGAAGAACAGUUAAACUUGGCAUUGCAGCUGAAUAAACACGAUCUGACCUACAUGAUGCUGGGAAAAAUCCACUUACUGCAGGGCGACACAGAGACAGCCAUUGACGUCUACAAGAGCGCUGUGGAGUUUUCUCCAGAGAACACAGAGCUGUUGACUACACUGGGACUGCUGUACAUGCAGGUGAGUGACGUUUACAGACUGUCAGGAGAACAUUUAGCCAUCAGCUGUCUGAAGAGGGCAAACUAUCUGUCGGCCAUCCUCGCGGCCGGCAGUAUGAUGCAGACUCAUGGAGAUUAUGACGUGGCCAUGAAUAAGUACCGUGUGGCGGCGUACUCUGUCCCUGAGAGCCCGCCGCUCUGGAAUAACAUCGGGAUGUGCUUCUUCGGCAAAAAGAAAUACGUGGCUGCCAUCAGCUGUCUGAAGAGGGCAAACUAUCUGUCUCCGUUUGAUUGGAAGAUCCUGUAUAAUCUGGGUUUGGUUCAUCUCACCAUGCAGCAGUACGCAUCAGCUUUCCACUUUCUGAGCGCCGCCAUCAACCUGCGGCCGCGCAUGAGCGAACUCUACAUGCUACUGGCCGUUGCUCUGACCAAUCUGGACGACGCAGAUAACGCCCGCAGGUCUUACGAGCAGGCGCUUCAGCUGGAUGAGUCAAAGCUGCUGGUGAACCUGAACUUUGCGGUGUUCCUCUAUAAUCAGGGCGAUAAGAAGGCUGCCCUGCUGCAGUUUCAAGAGAUGGAGAGAAAAGUCAACACUCAGGUGGACAAUAACAGCAACACUGAGUUUGACCCAGAGCCCGAAGCGGAUGUGAGCAGCGCCCCGUCUCCCCCUACAGUCGAUCCCGGAGAGCCCGAGGACGAGGAUGAGGUAGAGGAGACGGCCGAACUCAAAGAGAAGAAGAGUAAACCGAAAGCAGCGGCUGAAUAG